AUGUCUUCUUCAAGGCCGUCCACUGGGAAGAGCAGUAUCGGCUUCACCGGCGUUCUUGUACUCCUGCUGGUUGUAUGCCUCAUCGAGUGUGCUACAGAGCAGCGAAUUAACAAUAGAGGUAGCAAGGCCUCUAGCCUUAUUGAGAAAGUCAACGGGUGGCGCAGUCAACGCGGAGGAUCCUGUCUGAGCUAUGGACAUUCUUGUUGGGGAGCUCACGGAAAGCGCUCUGACAAAUCACCUUCCAGUGCUCCCGACUGGUACUUAACCAAGAUCCUGCGCCAUAUGACCGUCAACUCAGAUUUGAACCGAGCUCGCCACGAAUUAGCCAAGAGCGACGACGCUAACGACAUCUUCCGAAUGGACGUAGCUAACGAUGUGUCCUCGGUAAACAACCUAAUGUAUGAUAAUGAAGAGCCACCAGUAGGGCUGAGAUCAAGAAAUCUUGAAGCGAAACCGAUGUUGGAUGAUAAUGUGCUUACAAAUAUGAGGAUCUGGCAAUUGAUGAGGCAAGCAUCAGAAGAAAACUAA